AUGGCGCUUUCAGGCAUCAAGCGCAAGUGGGACUGGGCAGACUCGCUGCGCCAAGCCGCGUCAAUCAAGGCAGCACCUGACGACUGGCCGUCACCGCCUUUCCAUCAGCCGCCGCCCGCACCGCUGCUGCCAACACAGACCCAUAUUCCGCCCACCGUCUCGCCGAUUCUUAAGAGACCAAGAUCGGCUUCUGAUCGAGACUGCCACUUCCCUCACCCGCAUGCCUCCGUUUCCCCAUCCGCCGCCGUUCUUGCUAAUGAAAUUCACGGCGCGCCGCGAACUUCCGGACCGCGUGUCCACCUGGACGUGGAGAUUAAUGCCUCGCAUGGCGCAGCAACCGCGCCGGCCGUUGCUCCUGGGGACGAGCGUAGCCGCAAAGGAGCCGCGGCGGCGGCGAACAGGACAGCCGUCGCUGGUGACACGAAUAUGGAUGGUGGACUGGCGCUCCAAGAAGGGACGGAAUCGGGGACGACACGAGGCGGCAGACUCGAAGAGGCCGCCGUUGCGGCCACCGUUGGCAAUGCAAGUGGCAGCGCCAACGCGCAACCGCCACGGGCGAAUGUGGCCGGUAAAGCCAACCAAAGUAGCAACUCCAUGGCAGCUCUCGGAGGAGCUGCAGGCGACGGCGACUCGGUUCCGGUGCUGCUACUACCGCCGCCCGUCGCGCUCCCCCCCCCUGCGCCUCAGGCGGAGGCCGUGGCGCGGAGUCGAGCGGCUCCCCUCGCUGCGCCUGGCUCCCGCGGCCCUGCUAUGAAUGCCGCACGCAACUCGGGCCUUCGAAUGAAUGCUCGGUUCCCGCCCAGUCACACCGCUUCAAAAAGCUCUCCACCGCCUGCCUCCGCCAACGCCGUCUUUCCUCGUAAUGCGGCUAGUACCAGUACCACCGUUACAGCUGCACUUCCGUCCGCUCUCUCAACACGUCCCGUUCCCGAGUCCUCGACUCGCCAGUGUAAUGCAACAACGGCACCCGUCAAGAAUCUCGAACCACGCCCCACCGCUCCCGCUAUCGGCUCGCCCAAUAACCGCGUGGGUGAUGGUGCCAGCGGCAAUGCUGCUACUAGAGCCGUCGGGGGUGCUGGCCCGGGCAGGAGCAUGGUGUCCGUACCCGUGUCGCUGCUGAGCCGGGUGCAAGUGCUGACUGCGCUGCUGCGCGCGCGGGGACUAGAAGAGAAGAACGCCGUAGCGCUCGCUAUUCUUGUUGCUAGCAGCGGUGCUGGCGGUGCUGGCGGUGCUGGUGGUGCUGGUGUUGGUACUUUCGCUGGUGCUGCUGUUGGCGCCGCGGCUGCUGCUGCUGCUUCGUCUUCCAAUCAGUGGGCGUGCCUUCCGCCUCUGGCGCCUCGACGGAUUUCAACGCAGCGAGACGCGUCGCCGCCACUUGUUCAACGCAAGCUAGCGCAGCAGGGAAUGCAUCAUCAAGGCGGGCUGCAGCAGCAGCAGCAGCAGCGAGAGGUGCAGCUGCCGCCUCAGACUCCCCCACAGCGAGAGGCUCCGCAGCGACCCACUCACCUACCCCGCCCCCACCACCCUCGACCCAAGCCCACGCAGAAGCAGCAGCAACAGCUGCAGGAUCAGCGGCAGCAGCAGGAGCAGCAGAAGCAGCAGCAGAAGCAGCAGCAGCAGCAGCAGCAGCAGCAGCAGCAGCAGCAGCAGCAGCAGCAGCAGCAGCAGCAGCAGCAGCAGCAGCAGCAGCAGCAGCAGCAGGAGCAGCGGCAGCACCACAAUGCGGGUCGCAACGUUUGCCAGGGAGUGGGUGCACCGCAGGAGCAGGCGCAGCAAGGGGUGAAGCAGAAGCGCAGUGGAGUCAUCGGAGGAAGAGACGAGGAGGAGAGUGUGAGGGAGGAGGGCAAUGAGGGAGGCAAGCGGCGGCGAGAAGGGGACCAGGGUAUGCGGAUGGAAAUGGGGAUGGGGAUGGAAGUGGUGGAGGAGCAGAGUGGGAGCAGCAGUGCCCUGUCUUCUCUGGCUCUGGUGGUGGGAGCGAUGAGCACCCCUGCCUCGAGCGCCGCUGCUGCCCGCGAGCAGCCCCUGCCCCGAGCGCCACUGCUGCACGCGAGCAGCCCCUGCCUCGAGCGCCACUGCUGCCCGCGAGCAGCCCCUGUCUCGAGCGCCACUGCUGCCCGCGAGCAGCCCCUGUCUCGAGCGCCACUGCUGCCCGCGAGCAGCCCCUGCCUCGAGCGCCACUGCUGCCCGCGAGCAGCCCCUGUCUCGAGCGCCACUGCUGCCCGCGAGCAGCCCCUGCCUCGAGCGCAACUGCUGCCCGCGAGCAGCCCCUGCCUCGAGCGCCACUGCUGCCCGCGAGCAGCCCCUGCCUCGAGCGCCACUGCUGCCCGCGAGCAGCCCCUGCCCCGAGCGCCCCUGCUGCCCGCGAGCAGCCCCUGCCCCGAGCACCCCUGCUGCCCGUGA